CCGUGUUUUGCGGAGAAAGAAAGUUGCAACACUUUCUUGAGUUGCAACACUUUCUUGAGGGCGUCCCUCAUUGUGUGCAAACUUGAUGAGGGCGUACGUAUGUGAGCGCACGUGAAAUCGCACGCGUGGCGUCAAUUCGAAUCUACAUUUAAAUUCAAAAUAUUAUGCUGAUUUUGUUUUGUUCCGCUUUGAUGCAACUUGUCUGCUUGACGUUAACUGUAUUUUGUUCGUUUUCUGAUCUGUUUCUGACUGAAACUGUGCCUAUCUGUUAGGCUGAUGGCUGAAUCUGACUGAUGAAAACUGUGCCUAUCUGUUAGGCUGAUAGCUGAAUCUGACUGAUGUAAACUGUGCCUAUCUGUUAGGCUGAUAGCUGAAUCUGACUGUAAACUGUGUCUUUCAGUUAUCAUGAUCUGAAGCGACCACUGUUGAUGUAACUGAUGUUUAUGCUGUAUGGAUUUGUUGGGGUGAAAAGUUGUGAGUUGUUUUUCCGUGUUUUUCCGUUAUAUCCACUGUUAGCUUAAUGUUUUAUUUUGCCUGUUUGAUUCUUUGCAGAAUUGAAUAAAAUCCUUUAUCUGAAUACUUGAACCCUAGUGAGCCAUUCCUUCCCUCGCCAAACCCCAAGGUACAAUUUUCUCCACUAGCAUAUAGAACCAAAUCAUACAUGUACACUUGCAAGUUAAUCAUACAUGCAGCAUGCAAGUUAUGUGCUUUUCCAUGGAUUUGGGGAUGCGCACAAUGCACAUCACGCUGUAUCAAAUUAAUGAUUUAAUCACUCUCUGAUCGAGCUAUCCGGUUCGUUAGUGUGACGUCACUUCAGUUUAAAUAUGAAUAUUUAAUAUAAAUAUCAAAUUAAUGAUUUAAUCACUCUCUGAUCGAGCUAUCCGGUUCGUUAGUGUGACGUCACUUCAGUUUAAAUAUGAAUAUUUAAUAUAAAUAUCAAAUUAAUGAUUUAAUCACUCUCUGAUCGAGCUAUCCGGUUCGUUAGUGUGACGUCACUUCAGUUUAAAUAUGAAUAUUUAAUAUAAAUAUCAAAUUAAUGAUUUAAUCACUCUCUGCUCAAACUAUCCGGUUCGUUAGUUUCCACAGGGAAACAGUGUCACUUUAGAAACUCCAAGAAAAUCUGUCCGUCACCCUGAGUGUAUUUGAUGAUGUGCUGAGCCACCACGAUGCAGUCAGGGACCUAGAGCAAGCCGUCAAGGCAGGGGCGGGCAAUGGUCUGGAGCAGUACCUGAGCCACAUGCAGCAGAUAGAAGAUGCCAAAAACUUCUUUGAGGAGCACAACCCAAGCAGCCCCGAGCUGGCUAAAGCCACGUUGUUGUUCAACACUGGCAAGGAUUCCCUACAGAAUGAGUUCAGGGUGUUACUGAGCCGACACGGCCAGCCGGUCCCACCCACCAUGGUGCUUGAGCUCAUCGCUGCUGAAGACGAAGAUUUUCCUUCUGAUAAUGUGUCCCUCAGUUUGAGCCAAAUGCCCGAAUCGGCCAUGGAAGACCUGACAGAGAUUGCCAAGUGGCUGAAGGACCACAGCAAGACGCUGGACUUCAUCGACAUCUACCACGCCACGCGCUCCAUCGUCCUCAAGAAAUCCCUGGAGUUAAUGAAGGAACAUCUCAGGAGAAACGCGGCGCCGUCUUCAGGCAACUUCUCUCCUAUGGUGACUGCUGGCAAAGCUCACAAGCUUAAAGACACGCCCAGGGGAAGGACAGGUUCAAAUCUAAGGCCGGUUGUGGCUCGGAAAGGUUCAUCAGCAAGCCAGUCAAGCAAAGGGGAAGCUUCUGGACGAAAGUACAACACACUUGCCCCAGACUUCAAUGUGGAUCUUGAUUCAGAGAUUGAGAAUUACCUGUAUUGCGUCAGUGGGCUUCUCAAACUCAUGCAGAGUGAAGCUCUGAUCAUGACUGGCAUCAUCCCCGGCGAGCAUCAGCGCAAGACCUUCGAUAAGAUCACUGAGAAAGCAAUGACAAUGAUCUUCCAAGAUGGAGAGGCAAUAUCGUCAGCUGCCAAGAGGGCGGUGCUGAAGCACGACUACACGGCUGUCCUGACCGUGUUUCCCGUCGCCAAACAUCUCAGCCAGAUCAGACCAGAGUUUGAGGAGACGCUUCAAGGAACGACACCAACUACGCGUUCCAAACUCCCCACCCUGAUUGCUAGCCUGGAGACCACUGGAGCCAAAGCACUGGAGGAGUUCUUUGACGUCGUCAAGAACGAUCCAGACAAGUCCAACAUGCCCAGGGACGGCACAGUUCAUGAGCUGACCAGCAAUGCACUGACAUUUCUGGAGCAUUUCCUGGAUUACAUCGAUACAACUGCAGCUAUGCUGACGGCACACAGGGACCAAGGCUAUUCAGCCAAGACGACGGACGUAGAGGCCAACAAGAGACAAGUGUCAAAUUAUGUUGCUAAGGUCUUAGGAGCCCUGAGUCUCAACUUGGACCAGAAGGCCAAGACCUACUCUGACCAGUACCUGGGGGCCAUCUUUCUGCUGAACAACUACCACUUCAUCCUGAAAUCACUGGAAAGGUACGAUUUGACGAAGUUGGUCAUCAUCAGUACGCCAGAUAUAGAGUCUCACUAUGCUGAGAUCAUCAAAGAACAAAAGAGGGAGUACUCAAAGAGUUGGAACAAAGUCUUGUCCCACAUCCUUGAGACAAACAAGCCCAUGUCAUCUCAGCGCAUGGCCCUGGAGGCGGCUAAACUAAAGGAUAAAGAGAGGCAACAGAUCAAAGACAAAUUCAAGGAGCAAUUCACCUAUAAGGUGAAGGACAAAAAGGAGCGGCAGCAGAUCAAGGACAUAUUCAAGGGCUUCAAUCAAGACUUUGAGGAGCUGUACAAGACCCAGAAGAGUUACGCCAUACCCCAUGCUGAGCUGCGGGCUGCGCUGCGUAAAGAGAACAAGGAUCUCAUCGUGCAACCUUACCAGGUCUUCAGAGACAAGUACAUGCUGAUUAACUUCACCAAGAACCCCAACAAGUACAUGAAGCUUACCACGGAGAUGGUAGCAGCAUACAUAGACAGGUUCUUUGACAUUACAGCGUAGAGGAGAUAUGAAGCAGCCUGCCCUGUGUUCCAGUCACGUCGUACCUUGAUCCCGCGUUCAUCAAAAAAGCAUGUGGCGAGACAAGAAACACCCCCCAACUACCGAAUAGGCUUCUGAAACGUAAACCAUCGACAAACAAGAACCACCGAAGAGAGAUUUAUAUCUAGCUUUGGACUGUUUGUCUGGCGAUGCUGGGAUAACACGAAUCGCAAAACACUCAUGCCCAGACGAAUUGGUCAUGCGGUGCAGAAGACAAAACACAGAGGCCGAGUUUUACGGCGCUGUUUGGUGCAUUUAAACUCCAUGUAAAAGUGAGAAGAAGGAACCUUAAAUGUGCACGUUGUCCUGAAAUCGCCGGAAAUUUUGUGAUUUGUGAUUUAGUUUACUUAUCAGGUUUGAAAAGCCAGAUUGAACGGAAACGCUUAUUGUACCUGAGCAUGCUGAGAAAAGGUAGCUACAGUAAGUUCCCAUUUGCUUGCUGAAGUUGCUACCGGUAGUAAGCUCCCACGAAGACUAAGAAAACAUGUGGUUAUUUGAUCAAUAUUCAAACAUAGCUUUUUAUUCUAAUUAGCCUUUACAUUCAAUAAACACCUUAAAGUGAUGUACCGGUACACACAUAUUUUAAUUAACGUUUUAAAAGGAACAUGUGGGACUGGAAUUACACAUACAAUUUGAAAGUUUGCAUGGUGAAGAUAGCAAUAGCAUAAAGAUUUACAUGUACGGUAGCACCUUGUGACAUUUUUCUUUCAUGAGUUUGUGAGUUUCUGAAAAGAACCAGGGAAAUGUUUCAGACAGUACAUAUAUCUGCCCGUCAUCAGGAGAUGGCGACAGGCAGAGUAUACUGUCCGAUACAUUUGAGUUUCACUCAGAACCUCACAAACUCACAAAAGAGAUUUGUCACAUAAUAGCGUGAUUAAAACAAAAAUGAAACCCAAAUGUCGAGACCAUUGUUUU